AGAUUUCGAGAAAGAUCCAAUUGCUCUUUGGUGUGCGAAUCCUUCUGUGAUACUGGAGGGAGAGGGUUCACCUUCGGCAACACACACAACAGAGCCUUCGAUCGAGAAAGAAGUGCAACCAAGCAAAAAGGUCUCAAACGGAAGCACUACAUCUCUCACCAUACCAACCUGAGUUGCUAAUCUUGUCUCUUUCUCCACCAUGUCCCGCGAUGACUACGUCGAGCGUAUGAUCCCGUCGGAUUUCCGCAUGAUUUCGGGAUGCGAAGAUGCUCAGACGAGUGCCGAUGUGUCCAAUGUGGCCAACUUUAAGUUGCCGGAUCCAGCUGGUCGAGCCGGAGGCGCCUGUACUUCGGCUCUGUUGCAGAUCUUGUACAAUGAUCACAAGGAUACGGCCAAGGAUUUGAGCUUUGAUCAGGUCCUUACCAAGAUGCGUGGGGCCCUCAAGGACAUGGGCUUUACCCAGAUCCCCCAAAUGACGGGAUCUCGUCCCGUCGAACUCAAGGCGCCCUUUCAUAUCAUCCCACCUGGUUUCAAUGGAACCAAGAGAGCCAUGUUGAUUGGGAUCAAUUACACCGGGCAGGAUGGAGCUCUCACGGGAUGUCAUAAUGAUGUCGAAAAUAUGAAGGAAUACUUGAUGGAUGUCCAUGGGUUUGAGGAAAAGAAUAUUGCUAUUUUGCGUGAUAAUGGCACGGACUAUCUCCCCACACGGGCCAACAUCUUUUGGGCCAUUCAGUCUUUGGUGCGCAACAGCCGUGCGGGAGAUGUCGUAUUUACCCAUUUCUCGGGACAUGGUGGAAGAGCCAAAGAUGACGAUGGUGAUGAAGAGGAUGGAUUUGACGAAUGCCUCGUACCCGUGAACUACAAGACGGCCGGUUUGAUUCGUGACGAUGACCUCUACACUGCCUUAGUUGGCCCCAUGGCUCGUGGUGUCACUGUGACCUCCCUUAUGGACUGCUGCCACUCUGGCACCGUUCUGGACUUGCCCUACGAGUUCAAGGCCAAUGGUGUUGGAGAAGCUCGCAUGGUCAUGCCAGCUGCCUUUGGUAUUGAGCAUUUGAAAAAGUUGGUACAACGCUUCCACGAAAGCAUGAAGGAAAAGCGCAACGAAAUCAUGAAGAAGGAAUUCAAAGAGUUUGCCGAUGCCAUGCUCUUGCCGGGUGAAGGUUGCAACGGUGAUGAUGUUGUCAAACUUUUCAAGGAUGGCUUCCAAGCCAAGUACAAGGCUCAAGGUCUCUACCUUUCGUACAAUGACUGCGCCAAGUUGUUGGGUGAUUGGAAUGCCGAAUUCCCCAAGGCGUCCGUGACGCCCAAGGGUUGGUUCAUGGGAUUCCACAUCAACCCUUCCUUGGUGCGACCCGCUUUCCGUACUUAUGGAAUGUAGACAGACUGAAGGAGAUUGACAUCUAGCCUUUUUUCGGUGAAUGGCGAUAGGAUGGAGUUGCCGGUUGUGAGCAAUGAAUUAGAUUGACACGACAACUCUCACUUACUGACAGCGAUUCAGGUUGGGGUCACAAUUUGGAUCGAUUCAUCGUAGCAAUCAUCAACAGACAGGACAAACGAUGGCGUCAAUCACUUUAGUUUUAUGCAUAUUUUAAAUGGAUACGUUAAGUGAUGC